UUUUUGUUUUUUUGUUUUUUUGUUUUUUUUGCCGAGUACAGGUUGUGCUGCAAUUAGUUCAUUGAAAACUCAGUUGCUCUCUAAGCGCUUGGGCAGAGACUGCUUUCGGCUUUUUUUCUGCUAAUUGUUAAGAUCUCCUGUAGAGAGCUGCAACAAUGCCCAAAAGAAAGGCUGCCAGUCAAGAUGGUACCAGGCAGGAGCCAAAAAGAAGAUCAGCCAGACUGUCUGCUAUGCCUGUGCCCAUUACACCAGAGUUGAAGCCCAAAAGAACAUCUAUUACAAAGAAAAUGAAGACAGAACAUGAUACGAUGGAAAAAAACACAGAUACAAGUUCCAAAGCAAUAGCUGAAAACAAGAAAGAAGUCGUUAAAGAAGAAUAUAGUGAUAAAAAUGGAGAAGCCAAAAUUAUGGAGGCACCAGCUCCUGAAAAAGAACUUGAGGAAAUGAACGAAGAAAAAAAUGAAGAUGUUGAAGAAGAGGGAGUAGAAAAGAAUGAAGCAGUGUCACCAGCAAGAAAAGAAGAUGAGAGAUAUCAGAAAGGAGAUGGAGAAGAUCAAUACAAAAAAGAAGAGAAAGGAGAAGAUGGGGUGAGAAAAAGAGAAGUUUUGGAGGAACUCCUGCUGAGUGAAGUGGGUUGGAUGGGGUGGUAUGGAGAAGAACAUGGGGACAGGGACCAUGCUUUUGGCAAGCUGGAUCAGAGUGUUUGUGGUGGUUCCUUCAAGGUGUCUGGAUAUUUAGAUCGAAAGUCCAGGGAGAGAAAUAGUGCCCACUGGAUCCCUGUCCCUCCAGUACACAUUAUGAGAUCAGGCUUGGAGCUUCUGGAAGUGUCUCCAAUGUAUGAUGUGCAUGCUCUACUGUUGUGUCCUGAAUGCUUAAUCCUUCAGGCAAGUCAUCUGCAGAUGGUCUCCUUGCCUGUUGUGGGCAGUAUUUGGUUCCUGGCCUGA